AUGGAAUUGCACGAUAAUAAACCGGCUUCUUACACAACUUGGUCGACAAAACAAGUUAUAUCAUGGUUACAAGGUAGUGUACUGUUGUUGAUUAACACUGUUUCAGGUUUGGACGAUGUAAUUGAACCGUAUAUUGCCGAGCUGACUUUGAAAGGAAUCGAUGGCAAGUGGUUGAAUACAGUGACACCAGGCGAAUUGAAAAAGCUCGGCGUGAAUAAAGUUGGACAUCAGAUGAUAAUCAUGGAUAAAAUACGACAACUCCAGAACCAGUACGCUUCGUUUGAUACAGAAACAAUGCAAACUAUUUUGUUUCGCGUGUCACGCUCUUGCGUUUGCAUUAUCGCUGCGGUGAAGUCCCUGAUGGCAAUCACCGAACGACAAGAUAGUCGUGAACCUGAUGCUGACAGUGUGUAUCCGGGAAUUCUGGAUGACAUUCAAGAUGCCGUUGCGUAUGCAUUGAGUAGUAUUUUAACACUCAUGUCAGCGGUGAUGAAUGCUGCGUUUUGGCUCGAAAGACCUCCUUUUCUUUUAUUACCUGAGAUGAAUGGCUUUCGUCAGUUUAUUAUUGGAAGUGCACUAAUUGCCAAUAGAUCUGCAUUGUUAGCUAUUUCAACACAACUGAAUUCUCAUUUCAAAGAAGUUCUAUUCUACAUUGAAUCAGUGCGCGUUCGUGUCGAGGAGGUAAUUCAGAAUUGUGCGGAUUCAAUCAUGUUGACCCCAUGUGGUAUGGAAUUGGUACACAUUAGAAAAAUCGACACCGCAGAAUUUGGUUUCAAUUUCCGUUCCACAUUGAACAAUGUUCACAUGAUCGUCUCGGUUCAAGGAGAGUCUCCAGCUUUCUGUUCUGGCAAAGUGAGCAAAGGAGAUGAAGUGAUUGAGGUUAACGACCAAGUUGUGGUAAGUGAGAUGAACUGUAUGCCACACACUUGUCCCCAGCUACCGUCCUGA